GACGUCCGUUCCGUUAGGUAUCUUUACUGUCGGACACCUCGAUUUCUCAGUAAUUUCUCCUUUUAGCCUAGCAGCCGGCCCCGUGCUUGAGAAAAUAAGGACACCAGCAGCACGAAAGAGGAAAAAGGAGAGCGAAAAUCCCCAAUCCCCCCACUCCGAUCCACGCGAGCCCUAGCCCCGAAUCCCCCGGAGCAUCAGAUUGAAUCCAUUCGAUUACCGCAUGGCAGGCUCCGUCUGCAUCUGCUGAUUCCCGGGAUCGUCUCCACCGACGCGCUUGCCGCAGCCAUGGAGCCGCGCAUCGGCAACAGGUUCCGCGUCGGCCGCAAGCUGGGGAGCGGCUCUUUUGGGGAGAUCUUCCUCGGUACCAACGUGCAGACCAACGAGGAGGUCGCAAUAAAACUGGAAAAUGUCAAGACAAAACAUCCUCAAUUGCUUUACGAGUCAAAAUUAUACAGAAUACUUCAAGGAGGAAUUGGAAUUCCAAAUGUUAAGUGGUUUGGUGUUGAGGGUGAUUACAAUGUUUUGGUUAUGGAUUUACUGGGACCAAGCCUUGAAGAUCUUUUCAGUUUUUGUAACAGGAAGCUGUCCCUCAAAACUGUUUUGAUGCUUGCUGAUCAAAUGAUCAACCGAGUUGAGUUUGUCCAUUCCAAGUCAUUCUUGCAUAGAGAUAUCAAGCCAGACAAUUUUCUCAUGGGUCUCGGAAAAAGGGCAAACCAGGUUUACGCUAUAGAUUUUGGACUUGCAAAGAAGUACAGAGAUACAUCAACACACCAGCACAUUCCAUACAGAGAGAACAAGAACUUAACUGGAACAGCAAGAUAUGCAAGUGUGAAUACCCACCUUGGAAUAGAACAAAGCCGGAGGGAUGACAUGGAAUCUCUUGGAUAUGUACUGAUGUACUUCUUGAGAGGAAGCCUUCCUUGGCAGGGUCUCAAAGCUGGGAACAAGAAACAAAAGUAUGAAAAGAUCAGCGAAAGAAAAAUUGCUACUUCAACCGAGGUAAACCAUUGUUCUCUAAAAUUAUCUGUGUUUACUACCAUUGGCAUAUUGGUUUUUAUUGUGUUCCCUCAAUUGCAGGCCCUCUGUCGUGGAUAUCCUACCGAAUUUGCUUCUUAUUUCCAUUACUGCCGCUCACUACGCUUCGAAGAUGCGCCAGACUAUCAAUAUCUGAAGAGAUUGUUCAGAGACCUUUUUAUCCGGGAAGGCUUUCAGUUUGAUUACGUUUUUGACUGGACAAUCCUAAAGUACCAACAGGCACAGAUGACCAGUGCUCCUCCGCGUGCAAUUGCUCCAGCGGUAGGACAAAGCUCUGGGAUGGCUCCUGUGGCGAACAAUAAUAGGCAUUCAGGCACUGAAGAGGGAAGGAGAAGUGGGUGGUCAGACAUGGACGCGACACGUCGGCAGGUUCCACCACCAGCUAUAAAUGCUGGCAGCCUAGCCAAGCAGAAAUCCCCUGUUCGACAUGAGCAAUCGACAUCGAAAGAUGCUGUGUUCUCCAGUUCGACUUUUUUGGGACGUUCAAGCGGAUCUUCAAGGCGGCCUGCUGUCUCUAGUAGCCGCGAACCAAGCACUGAAGCGGAGCAAACGCGUAGUCGUACUACUGACGCAAGCCCAGGGGCAUUCCAGAGGUCAGGAGCUCCACGGUGGAGCCCGCAGAUGCCUGACUCCUCGGACGGCAGGCGCUCAUCAUCUGGCAGGCGCCACUCGUCUAACCCGAAGAACUACGAGUCCACUAUCAGGGGCAUGCAGGGCCUGAAUUUCGACGGUGAUGACAGGGUUCACUAUUAGCCUCAUCUCUUGGGACCUGACAGGGUGCAUCAACGGUGCGCUGCCCCCCAUAUGAUGCCCCAUGUACCACCGGCUGCUGAGAUGGAAGUACCGAGGGGUGGCUGGCUAAUAAGAGGUUUGGGUGAGUGAGCCUAAGCGUGUUUGGUUGAUGGCUGUUAGAAACUGUGUCGAUGGCUAUGCUUAGCCUCCGUUGUACAGUUUGGCAUCUGUUUAAUUGCGCGGAAGGGCGCUGAGUCCUGUGAACGAUGGUAUAUUAUUCUGAGAUUUGUGCAGGUUCACGUUUGAUGCAUUGUGCUGCUUUGGAAUUCAAUGGCCGCUUGGGAAAUAUUUGAACAUUUUGGGAGA